AUCCAUUUAGUGCUAACGCAGCCGCUUAGCCCUCCACUGAUCCACAUUUAACUAAAUUUCCUGCGAAAAAGGUUACCAUGCAAAACAUAAGCUUCCUGGAAGACGAAACUUUCGGCAACCUCGACCCUACGGAAUUUUCGCACUACGUCAACGUCCCGGGAGUUUUAUACGUCAUAGUAGAAAUCGCAAAACUCUUGAUUUGUGUGGGUUCCGCCGGAGCGUCCGUAUUUCUCGUUUACGUGUACUUAAAAUUCGAGAAAGUGAGAAGGAAAAGUAGCGUGUUUUUGCUGCACUAUGCCAUAGGGUGCUUAAUCGACAUGCUGUUGCUCCCUUUGAUGACCUUAAUCAUCGUCUUUUCGACCGGCAGCUGGAGUUCCUACUGGAGAGUGUUAUGCAUCCUCGAUAUGCUAUCGAGCUCCACGUACAUUUUGGUGUUCGUUUUUGGUACAGCUUUGGGGGUGUUCUGGUUCGUGGAAAACUUCAGGCAACACUGGAUUGAAAAAUUUCCCCGUUUUCAACUUUAUUUUGUGAUUGGAUGUUACGUGUUUUGUUUUAUUAAGUUGGGGGUGGCUGCUUUCGAUUGCAUGGGUCCAAUAGGGGUGCACACUAGCCAUCUUUUAAUUGCGCUUUAUUGUUCGUUUAUGGUGGUGUUAAUAAUAAUAAAUGUUCUUGUAAGAAGAACACCCUUAAAUGAAAAUCAACGAAAAACUAAAUACGAGUUGGAUAUCUCGAAUUACGUGGUGUUUAGUUACGCGCCUCUUUUGCUCUGUUCUUACGCGUUGUAUUAUAAUUUUUUUAGGUACCAUUCGGCGUUUUUUAUUUUUGUUGAGUUUUUACUUUUUAGUACGGAGUUUUUGGCUUACAGUUGUCCGAUUGUCGUUGUUUAUUUGCUAGGACGAAAAAAUAAAUAUUUUAAAGCCUCGUACAAUGUCGUGUUUAAAAAGUCCGCAAGGAGCUACGACGAGGAGGAUUUGAAUGCUGAAGCUGAGUCCAGUGACGGCGAAAAUGCGGUACAGAGUAGAGACAACGCGGAAUUUUCUGAUGAGGUAGUCAAUGCUAGUGUAAUAUAAGUUUGGAUUGUAUUUCUACAACAAAUAAAUAUUUGUCAAUGU